CGCUCUUUGUUUAUUUGUUUUUGUAAUGCUAUGCAGUUUUAGCAGCAGUCAAGCGGCUGUAUUUACACAACGGGCCAUUUUCAAUCCUGCACAUCCCGGUAAAUGUUUUGAUAAAUUCACCCGCCGUGCCAUGCUGCCGAACAAGGAAUACAAACCCAAAGGCAUUUGUGCAGCCUUAACUUGUGAUCUUGAGACGCAGACAAUUAACAUUGAGACCUGUCCGUACGUGGAGAUGCCCGGCUGUGAGGAAUUGCCUGCCGAUCCCUCGUGGAGUUUUCCCAAGUGUUGUCCACAAUUUAAGUGUACCGAUUUUAAGACAGGCAAAGAAUUUGUGGUCUCAGCGUAAAUCUGAGAGACCAACAACAAAAAA